UGGACUGAUCAUAUACCCAAUAGCUUGGGUGGCAAACGGGUAAUGUGUCCGUAGUGCGGUAGUAGCCACACUCUAUGGGGCAGGGGGCACUGGCAACCGCGACUGGUACUAGUCUGAUUCCCAAUCCGACGUGAGAAAUUUGCAUUCUGCUGAAAUCUGUUAGGCUUUGUGACGAUUUACAACCCUGAACAAUUAAUUAAGCAUGGGACUCUACCAUUUGAGGUGACAGUAGGAUCGGGGCGUUUCAAAAUAUUCACACACGUUCUUAGCAACGAGAGAGAGAGGGCCAUGCUCGCACUCCUCAGCCGCUGAGUAAUCCCCGCAGCCGCUUUGUUUCGGUGUUUUCUCUUUCGAGGAUGGAGUGACCAAAUCCCUAUCCGGAUGAUUUGAUGGGGCUGCUCAGAGUCAUGAUGCCACCCAAGUUGCAGCUGCUGGCGCUGCUUGCUUUUGCAGUGGCCAUGUUCUUCCUUGAGAACCAAAUCCAGAAGCUGGAGGAGUCCCGGGGAAAGCUUGAGCGAGCCAUUGCCAGACACGAGGUGCGGGAGAUUGAGCAGCGGCACACGCAAGAUGGCCUGAGGGAGCGUGAGAUGGCGGCCGUGCUUUCUGACAGCGAGAAUGACUUGGUGAUCAUCUACAACCGAGUGCCCAAGACUGCCAGCACCUCCUUCACCAACAUCGCCUAUGACCUGUGUGGGAAGAACCACUACCAUGUCCUGCACAUUAACACCACCAAAAACAACCCUGUCAUGUCCAUACAGGACCAGGUGCGGUUUGUAAAGAACGUGACAGAGUGGACAGAAAUGAAGCCUGCAAUUUACCACGGACACGUCUCUUUCCUGGAUUUCACAAAGUUUGGAGUGAAGAGGAAGCCCAUCUACAUAAACCUGAUUAGAGACCCUAUCGAGAGGCUGGUGUCUUAUUAUUACUUUCUGCGUUUUGGGGAUGACUACAGACCUGGCCUGAGACGUAGGAAACAAGGAGAUAAGAAGACAUUUGAUGAGUGUGUUUCUGCUGGUGGAUCGGACUGUGCUCCUGAGAAACUUUGGCUCCAGAUCCCCUUUUUUUGUGGUCAUUAUUCUGAAUGUUGGAAUGUGGGCAGCCAGUGGGCUCUGGAGCAGGCCAAAUACAACCUGGUGAAUGAGUACAUGCUGGUGGGAGUAACUGAAGAGCUGGAGGACUUUGUGAUGAUGCUGGAGGCUGCGCUGCCACGUUUCUUCAGAGGAGCCACAGAGCUGUAUAAAACAGGAAAGAAAUCCCACUUAAGGAGGACCAGUGAGAAAAAGCCACCCACUAAGGAAUCCAUCGCCAAGCUGCAGCAGUCAGCCAUCUGGAAGAUGGAGAACGAGUUCUAUGAGUUUGCACUGGAGCAGUUCCAGUUCGUCAGGGCCCAUGCUGUCAGAGAAAAGGAUGGGGAACUCUACAUGCUGGCUCAAAAUUUCUUCUAUGAAAAGAUCUAUCCCAAAAACUAAAAACAGGGUCUCUCGGGAGAACAGUUUUGGGGUCUUUUGUGCAUAGGUUGAAGCAUUCUGGGGAAAAGAAGUGGGAGGAUGAUGGGGCAUGAGACAUGAGGACUGCUGCUGUUGACUUGCUACAUUUGUGAUGGAGGACAAAAAGAGGCACUGCUACAUAAUCAGCCUGCCAACAGCUGUUAUCCAUCACUGGGUCAAUCAGCUGGUGGGGUAGCUUGUAUUUCAUCAGGAGGUUGUUCUUAGCAGCUUUUCCACUCUGUUUCCCUUCCACAACAAAGGUCAUCUGUGCCGAGGAGCCUUCACUGACAUGUGUGCACACAUAACCCAGCCCACUGUGGAUCAGGUGUAGAACUGGCUGUUCGUUUAACCUGAAAAAAAAAAACCCCACUGGCUUUGUACUGUUUGAUUGUGUUUGGUUGUAUUUUAGCUCUUUAAUAUGAUUAUUGUACAUAUUUGAGGACUGACAUUUUUCACAGUGAAAUGACUUCUUGCAUCACCACCGUGACUAACUCAAAGUGACUGUAAAAAGCUGAGUACCUGCUUGAACCUAAACAUCAUUUGGUGGGGGUUUUUCUGCUGAUUGACUAUUUACUGGGGCAAGUGUGUGUGUUUUAUACUUUAUUUGAUGUGUGACUCUUGUAAAUGAAUGAUGCUUUUACACUUAAUGUUACUGAAUUGUGUUGGAACAUUACAGUGAAGAUGCUGCUUCUCUAAACAUUUCAGUCCAAUUUUCUUUUCAAGCUGUGGGUUGAAUAUUUUGUAGAGAUGCACCAGUUUGUGUCUGAUUUAUGAUUAGCGAUUUUUGUAAAGAUUUGACCUACCGAAAACAAUCUUGGCUGAAUUUCUUUAAGAACUACAGUAUGUUGAACAGUGUUCAAAAUACACUGAACAAAUAAACACGACACUUUU